UAAAAUAACUUCAUUUAAACACAUGUUAAUUAACAUAAAUCAAUUCUAAGUUGUGCAAGUGAUUUAUAAAAAUGGCAGAUCCCUCUUUACUAAAUGAAGUCAAAUCCGAAAUAAGAUGUUUGCUUAUAUCGACUUCUUCGCAGAUGACGGUUGGAGAUUUAUGUAAGGAUUAUAGAGAAAUCACCGGUAAUUCUAUUCCUUAUUCCAAAUUGGGGUUUAGAACGACGAUCGAAUUUUUAAAAUCCGUUCCAGAUGUUGUACAGGUAUUUGGAAGUGAUCCUAGGUUGGCUAUAGUAUCUCCUAUAGUAACAAAAAAUUUAGAGAAUUUAAAUUCAUUAGUUAUGAGACAAAAAGAUUCUAAGAAACGAAAAAGGAAACGAAAGCCUGCUCAAACAAGUACCAUGAGAGGUUACCGCAUGAGUAGACCAUUAUAUAGCCCAAGAACUACAGUCACAAAAUCUCCAACAAAUAAUUAUUUUAAUAAGUCUAUGAACUCAGUAAGUCCAAAAAGGACCAGUCCACUUCUAGCUCGCAGGCUUAAUAUCAGCAAUAAAACUUACAAUAGUUCUAUGCGAACAGUUUCAAAUAAUAAUAAUAUUCUAAAUUCUUCUAAUACAUCUAUGAGUGAUCACAAAUCAAAGACAAUAAGUCGACAACAAACUCAGGAUCGUAAUAUGGUCAGUUCUAGUUCUACUGGUUCCGUGAGAACACGUUCAAAUAGUAAUAAUUCUAUAAAUUCUUUACCAUCAAUAAAGUCAAGUCCAGAACCAAGUAAUAAUAGUUAUUGUAGUAUAAAUAACACAAGGGAUGUACAAAAGCCAAAUGUGACAAAAUCUAUACAUACUGCUAAAAGUGAUAAUAACAUGAGUCAGGAAUUAAGUUGUGAUUAUAUUAAAAAUGUUUCUCAGACUAGUCCGACAAUAAAUAACUUGAAUAAGCCUAAAGGAAUAGAAACACUAAAUGAUCAAAAAUCUGCAGAAAUUCAAAACAUUGCUAAGUCUCCCAAAGGGUUUUUUGACAGUGAAGAUAAUGCAUCAGACAAAUCUAGUUCUGUACAGCACCCAGAUCUAUCCCACCACAUUUCGGACAAGAUCAGGAACAAUUUGAAGACUUUGAUCAAAAAUUUUCCGAAAGGCGUUUCAUUGACAUCUAUAGAUUCACAUUAUGAAAAUAACUUCGGGGAAAAAUUAUCCUACAACGAGUUGGGAUUUCCGAAUGCCUUAGAAUUCUUUUUACAGCUAUCGGACAUUUUUUGGUUAGAGAGGAUAUCUGAAUUUGGUGAAUUUAUUUUAUUCGAUCAGUCGCUCAAGAUACCUGAGGAUUUAAUAAAAAAUCUAAAGGUACAAGAGAAGGGUGUAGAAAAGGAUAUUGAAGAUGUUUCAGCUGUAUGUAAGGAUGAAACUUUUAAAAAGAUAAUGGAAAUCUGUAACUCCGAAGAGACAUUAUCAGGAAUGAUGGGUCCUGGCGAUGUAAUUGAAAGUAUAUGGAAUAAAUGCAAAUUCUCAUGUGGUUGUCUAAUGAGAAUUAUUAUUACUGAAAUUUAUGAUCCGACAAAGUUUUGGUUUGUCCUUGACGAUGAAGAUCAUUUUCAGUUGAUGAAUAAGAUGAUGGAUGAAAUGCA